UCCCCUGUCUUUCUUUCUUUGUCUCUGAAGCAGCCGAACGCGCCUUGUUCUCCCUCCCUUCUUGCCCACCUUCUUCCAAAGCAGACUGAAAAUAUAAAAGCAUCUCAAUCACCGGCCUUCUUUCUCCCUAACUACUUCAAAGCAGAAAAGCCCAUUUCCCCUCACCAGAAAAUCCCCACCAAAAUCCCAUUUCUCCUCCUUCUAUGAGUCUCCUUCCCUUUCUCUGAUUUUUUUUUCCUUUUUUGGUGUUUUUGCUACCAAUUUGGUGGUGAUGAAUGAUGAUUGUUGAUUGGUAGGGUGAGUUGGUGAAAGUUUUAAUUUUUAAUCCCUUGUCGCUUCUCUUCUUGCAGAUUUGGGCGACGCGACGAAGCGACAUGGGUCGGUGAAGCCGAAUGAAGCAGCAAUACCAAAGGGGAGUGAAGUGGAGGGUGUUCUGGCCAUGGGACUUUAGAUUCUCGAAGCAUUUUGGGAGCAAGUACGAGCUCGGGGAGGAGGUUGGGAAAGGCCAUUUUGGUUAUACCUACUCAGCCAAGUUUAAGAAAGGGGAACUCAAAGGACAACAAGUUGCUAUUAAGGUUAUACCCAAAGCGAAGUAUAGAGAUGAGAUCUGCUGGCAAACCUCUGCUUUUGUCAGUCCUGUACCAUGAUCAGUUUGCCUGAUUGCAUUUAUUAAUAUGCAAGAAUGGAUUGUGUAUUGAAUUAUUGGUGGCGAAAUUUUUUGCAUUGGGGACCUUGGAUUGGAGAUAUAGUUGUAGUAUGUGUUGAUUUGCUAUUUUUUCUCAAGAUAAAAAUUGAUCUUUCUUUUUAAUCUUUUGGGGGAGGGGGAAUUGUGUCAUUCCAUUGUCUUCCUUUUUAUUUUCCAAUGAUUUUUUUUCUUUUUAAGACAUUAAGGUAUCCUUGACUGAAUUCUGGAUUCAAGCUCUAUGAACUUCUUCUUUAGGCUUUUAUACUUUUUUGGUGGGUUACUUUGAUCAGCUUCAUGCCUUCUUUAGGCUUUUAUUGCCUCCUUAGAUUUAAAACCCUUUUCUUUUUGUCUUGAACAUAGAAUUAUUUUUAUAAAUUUUACUAUCUCUGCAGAAUCUCCUUUCUCCCUCUACGCAUUACCUCCUUUUUUGAUAGAUAAACCUUGUUCUGUGACUGUGGUAGGAGAUGAGAGGUCCUUUAGAGGCAAUCAUAGGGAGGUACCCAUCAAGUGAUGGGAGUAUCCAACUGGGAGGAAUCAUAAGGCACAACAGGAAAUGCAAAGCUGUUGCAUUUCUUGUUAUCUUUAUAGCAUUUUGGGUUGCUAUCAUUGUUAACUCUAGCUUUGGGUUCAACUAAGGAAACCCAAAAAGGUAAGAUUUUCUAGCAUACCCAAUGCAUAUAUUUCUCUAAUUUCCAAAUGAGUGUCUUUUAGUUUUGUAGAGGUUGAGCAAUUUGUUGUUUUUAUAAUAGGUUUUACUGUGUCUCAAACUUAAUUGGGUUUUCUAUUUUGGCUCACUUACAGUAAUGUAUGUAAUGGUUUGUUUGUAAGUUUGGUUAACGCUAGGCAUGAUUAUAAUUUUCAGGUUAAUUUAUAUCUAUAAAAGACUAUUUUAUAA